GCUCACACCAAAGUUGCCACACCCACGAGGCCACGAGCGCGCGCCCACCAGCUCGCCCCCGGUAGGCCAGUACCCUACCCGAAGAUGGAGUUGCUUUUCGUCGUGACGGUGUACAAGAAUCUCUGAUGCGAGCACCACUGCACCAACCGUCCUCAGAUCGACGAUCUAUGUAUGUACAGUUGUGCACCCAGUCACCCAGAGCACGCCAUGAGCCGCACAAACUUCCAGAGAAAGAGCUCGCCGUAGAAGCCCACACGUUACACGUACCUACGCCGCAGCAAUCGAGAACCGAAUCAAAAGCUCACACGAGUUCGCAUUUUCCUAGCCUCGCCUUGUCCAAGAACAAGCAGCUUCUCCCAUGUAUCCGAUGAUCAGCAGCCUCCCGGCAGUCCUCCUCCUCCUGCACGUCUGCGUCGCGCCGGCGGCCAACGCCGCGCCGGGCACGUUCGUGUACGCCGGGUGCUCGCCGUCCAGGUACGCGCCCAACACGGCCUUCGAGAGCAACCUCAACUCCCUCCUCGCCUCCAUGGCUUCCGCCGCGUCCUCCGGCGCCACCUACAGCAGCUUCACCUCUGGCGACGGACGGGAGGAGGCAGUGGCCGCCGCGGCCGAUGGCGCGGCGGGCCCCGCGCCGGCGGCGUCGUCUGCCGCCUACGGCCUGUACCAGUGCCGCGGCGGCCUGCGCCCCGGCGAGUGCGUGUCGUGCGUGCGCGACACGGUGGCGCGGCUCGGCGCCGUGUGCGCCAACGCGCGCGCGGCGUCGCUGCAGUCGGACGGGUGCCUCGUGCGGUACGGCGCCCGCGACCUCGCCGGCCGCGCCGUCGACACCUCCGUGGCGCCGUACCGCCGGUGCAGCGCCGGCGAGAGCGGCGACGCCGGGUUCCUGAGCGCCCGCGGCGCCGUCCUGGCGGAGCUGCAGCGGGGCGUGGAGGCCACCACGGGCGCGUACAAGGUGAGCGCGUCGGGCCCCGUGCGCGGCGUCGCGCAGUGCGUCGGCGGCAUCCCGGCGGGCCAAUGCGCCGCGUGCGUGUCGCAGGCGGUGGCGCAGCUCGGGGGCACGUGCGGCGCCGCGCUCGCCGCCGACGUGUACCUGGCGCAGUGCUCCGUGAGGUACUGGGCGGCGGACAGCAACAACUACCGAUCGUCGCAAGAUAAUUCGGGAGAUGACGUUGGGAGGACCGUGGCAAUAAUAAUCGGUAUCAUGGCUGGGCUAGCGCUCCUCGUGGUGUUCAUCUCCUUCCUCAGAAAAGCUUGUAGUUGAACCCCCUCUGAUUAAACUCUCUCUUCUUGCCUUGCUCUGGGCCUUGCUAACCAUGGAGCUCGUAACUAGCCACCACGCAUUUUGUCGGUCCCUGACAUGGAUUCAACAUCUUAGAUUCUUCAAAUUGUUUGGACAGCAGUUAUGUUCUGUUUGAUCUUAAACCUGGCCUGCGGAUUUCA